GUGUGUUUGGACGGACGCAAGAUUUGACAAUGUACACUAGAGAGAUAUGACUGUAGUUGCUAAAAUUCGCUUGCCUUGGUCACUUCGAACGGUUUUUUUUCAUCAUUUAUUAGUUUUGUGAUUUUCCGAAAAAUGCAAAAAUGUUUGCAUACAAAUUAACCCAUUAAACUACCAGCACAUAAGAUAAUAAUAUAACAACAAUGAAAGUGAUAUAAUAUUAACAAAACAAAUUAUUGAAGAAUUAUCAAAAGAAAUCAAGCAAAUAAUUUAAUCAUAGUUACAUAUAUAGAAAACAAAUAAACUAAAUUAACUAAUAGAAAUAAUAAGAAAACGAUUGAGAAAUUAACAUAAAAAAAACAAGAUGCAUACACAAGCUCAAAGCCAGUCCACAAAUAGGCGACAACAUGAACCUUCUCUGCCGAUUUAUGCCAACGAAGGUUUGAGUCCCAAAAAGACCUUUCUAGUUAUUAUAACAGUUGUUGGCUGCAUUGCAAUUUUAUGGCCAAAAGUGUUCUAUCCCAUGAUGUUUGCGUCGACUCCAACCGCAGGGAAAUCAAAUAUCAAAGGAGGUGCGGGUGGUUGUUGUGAUGUCGUGCUUAAUCGUGAGGAAUUUUUUAAUUCGACGUUAUUGAAAAAACCCAAAACUUCGGAACCUCCCAUAGAACCCUAUGGGCCUCAGUUAUAUCGUAAAAGUUUAAAUCCUUAUACUGGUGAAAUAAGUAUACGUCAGGAGCGUUCAUCUCAUUUGCAUCCAGAUUCGGUUUAUGAGGCGAUGAGAGAGCGUGGACGUGCUAUACCAGCCACACCAACGAUACCCAUUGUGGAGCGCAAGUCAUCGCCCAGUAAUCCACCACCUCGCAUAGUAGAAGGAAGACCUGGCCCUAUACCCGGCAUGCGUCCUCCUAUGGGUGCUGGUUCAAUACAUCAACCUCAGGCUAGACAAGGUACUAUGGGCUUAAUAAUGCCAGUAUAUACCAUUGGUAUUAUUAUAUUCUUCGGUUAUACUAUCAUGAAGAUAGUAAUGAAGAAGCAAGCGGUAAAUGCACCUUAUGGAGCUGCACCUGGCGAUCCCAACUUCCGCAAGGAAGUUUUUGGAAAAGGAAAUGGUAGACAUGUUGAGGAUUUAAAUGGCUCUAAAUUGGAUCUUUUAAACCAGCAGCAGCGCGGCAGCGUUUUAUACAAUGUCAGUAUGUCGGCUCAGGCUGCCGCUUCCAAUCUGUCCUCUUCGUUGAAACAACAUCAGUUCCAGCAACAACAACAACAGCAGCAACAACAACCACCAUUGACUUCGAAAGUUAUGACUAAGGAUACCGAUCAAUUGAUGGAAAUCGAAAAGUUGCGCAAAAAAUUGGAGGACACGGAAAAGGCCAUGGCCAAAUUGAUUGGUGAAAUGAAUUCAGAUCAAUAUGAAGCGAAGGUAAACUCCAACGAAAAUUCGACCACCACGAACCAACAACAACCACAGCAAUCAAACAUUUCCAAUGGGCAUGCAGACAUUAAUGAGAAAUCUGGUGAUGUUAAUUCUAGAGUAGAUGACUUAAAGGCAACGGAUGAUAAACGCAAAAAGAGAGAAGGCAGUACUGAUCGUACAGUAUCGGUUCUUGGAAUGGAAAUAACUGCUAGUUGCGAGGGUGGCCACAAAUGGUCUGGCCGUCCUCCAACACCAGUGUUAUUAUCCCACCAUGAACAUUCCAAACAUGAUGAAGAUGAUGUAAUGCCAGAACCUCAAGAAAUCUAUUUGGAGGGUUCAUUGGCUCAUGACUCUCAAAUUUUAGUAGCCGAAUCUGAAACUAAACAGGAAAAAGUUUAUGAUGCCGAACUCAAUGGAUCUCCCGAAGAACCAGCUGUUAUUUUAAGUAGUAAAAUGACUUUGUCUCUUAUCAAUUUGGAUAAUAUAUUGGAUAAAAAAUCGCCAACAAAACAGCCAGAUCUGGAAAGUCCAUUAGCCGAUGAUAUUGAAAUAAUUGGUCAUGAUGAACAUUAAAAAAAAAACGCUGAAAUAGUAAUACGAUCUAACGAACAAAAAAUAAAAUAAUAAAAAACAUAAAGAAUUUAUAGUAUAAAACACAAACAAUUUUAUAAACCCAAACACCGAAAACGAAACCAAAAAUUUAAAAAUAAUGACUGAUUUGUAAAAUUUUAUAAUUAUUUAAAAACGAUUUAUGUUGAAUUUUAUCCAAAUUAUUUGAACGACUCUCACUACUACUUAAAGAGGAAAAGAGCAAGCCAAGAACAAGAAAUCCAGUACUUCCGUUGUAAGGAACCGAGAAAUCAGUUUAACAAUAUUUUUUGUUUUAUGUUGAAACCUGUUGCCAAAUUUAUUUUAUUAUGUUAUUUAUGCAUUUUUUUCUAGCUGUUAGUAUUUAUUUUUUGAAUUCUGUCUUUUUAAUUUAAAUAUCACUUUGUAUGCUCAAAAUGUUAUGCCAAACUCAUUAUUAUUAUUAUAAUUAAAUAAUUUGUCUUUUUUGUUCAUAAUUUAUAAAAAAAAAAAUAAUUGUAUGCCAAACCUAAGCAAGAUUAAUUUUUAGUAUUUAACAAAAAACAAAAUGAAAACUCAAAAUUUUAUUGUAGUCCUUUACGUCCUUUUUGCAAUACAUAUUUAUGUACUUACUAUUUAAGAAUAUUUUAUUUUUUAUUCAUAUUUAAAUCAUGAACAAAAAAGAAAUAUAAAUAGUUUCAAAAACAUAUUACUUAAUGUAAUUUACUUACUUAAAUGGUGUUGUAUCAAUUUUAAAUUAAAACCAAAUUAUUGCAAAUAAAAAAAAUUAAACCCAAAUAAAAUUUACAUGUAGACUUGUGUGUAUCAAGAAAAUUUAUAAAAAAAAAUAGAUUUUAAUAAAAGUAAAUAAAUAAAAACAAUAAAA